UAAGGCAGCAGCGGCGCGACUCACGGCAGUUCUGUUCCCGCCGCCUAACGGACCAGUCGCGACGCUCCCCCGACUAACACUCGAAAAACAAUUCAAAAACACUUCAUAACUAUAAACAAACAAUUGACAUUCACAUCUGUGUUGUAUGGAAACUCUGCUUGACUGAGCAGAUUAUAAGUGAGAAGUGUAUAAACCAUAUAGACAUGUGACUAACUAAGUAAACACAUAACUUUGGGACGUGAAUGAUUUGCCGCAUUUAACCGUGCCAGUGUACAAAUACGAACGGAACUUUUCACAAGUUCUCGCGAUCUAAAAUGUGAAUUUACGGAUUUUACUUUUAUAAAAAUUAGCACAAUGAUAGAAAGACUGGGGCAAUGUUUUGUGUGAUGUCGGGAUGCUUUGUCUCGAGUCCAUAAUGGCGCGGUGGCGCGAGCGCGGCGAGCGGCGCGAGAUGGAGGAGAGCCGCCGCCUGCGCAGCCGCAGCCUUUGCUCCUCGGCCGAGGGCAGCCUGUUCCAACUCCUGCACCGACGAGCUAGCAGUGCGAUACGGAUGCGGCCACCAUUAGAGCCCACCUGCUCAUCUGCCAGCGAGCUGAUCACGCGCCGAGGCGUGUUCUCUCGUAGGCAAUAUGGGUCGGUGGAACAGGUCAGCAACCUCGCCGGACCCAGCGACGGACCCGACUCGUACAUCAGACGUUACCGCCUGGAAAAUGGCAAUUCACUCGGAGAAAAAGAUGAGCUCUUUGGGCCUCACAACACCCCGGUUCUGGAAAACCCGGAGUUUCAAACUCGGUGGUACUUCAAGUACUUCCUGGGAAAAAUGCAUCAGAACUACGUGGGGCUAGACUACGCCCGCGAGCCCUUCCUACUGAGCGUCGUCCAGGAGAGCUCAGCCGGACUCAUGCGGGCCAUACUCUUCAACAAAAAUGGUGCCCAAAAGAUUUACAUCCCGCCGAGUGCCUGGAACACGGACCCCAAGACUGAAGUCCGCACACGGCCAACUGUCAAGCAGAUCCUCGCCCAGUUCCCAUGUAUGGAACGAGUAGAUAAGUUGCCGAGGGAGGUGAGCCGAGAGAUAUCAUGCGCCGAAGUGCAGAAGGACGUGCUGCUUCUAGAAGAGCAGGAGGGCUCCGUGAACUUCAAGAUCGGGGUCAUGUUCAUGCGGCCCGGCCAGCGGACCGACGACGAGAUGCUCUCCAACGAAUUCGGCGACGAUGCGUUCGAGCGAUUCAUCGACCUUCUGGGGGACAGGAUUCGAUUAAAAGGCUGGAAUCGAUUCAGAGGUGGACUUGAUGUUAAAGGUGACAUGACGGGGUUGUACUCCGUGUACACAAUGCACCACGGACACGAGAUCAUGUUCCACGUGUCCACGCUGCUGCCGCACUCGAAGGACAACAAACAACAGCUGGAACGUAAACGCCACAUCGGUAACGACAUAGUGAACAUAAUUUUCGUCGACGAGAGGGCCCACGAGACUUUCAACCCGCAGUUUAUAAAGAGCCACUUCACACAUAUCUUCGCCGUGGUGUCAGAGAUCCCCGAGGGCUACAAGCUCAGCAUCUUCAGCGACGACUGCGUGCCCCCGUUCGGGCCCUCGCUGCCGUGCCCCCCGAUCUUCGUGGACCCCAACCUGUUCAGGGACUACCUGCUGGUAAAAAUGAUGAACGGCGAGAAGUCCGCGUUCCAAACGCCGAUCUUCACGCAGAAGCGCCAGCGGACGCUCGACACCCUCAUCAAAGACAUAUACUCGGAGCACUGCACGGACCACAAAGUGCCAAUGUUAUCCCGCCGCGCGCUGUCCGACGUGUGGUCGGGCAACAGUCAGAGCGCGGGCGCGGCGCGCACGGAGCGGUUCCUGCACAUCGGACAAGCCAUCAAGCUGGACGCGGUGCUGCGGGGCGACGCGCCGACCAGCCUCGCCUCCUCCGGCCAGGUCCAACGGAGCGGCCGCCGCGCGCCGUGGGAGGGCCGCGUGUGGCGCUCGACCCCGCUGCCCGGCGCGCCCGUCUGCGCCGAGCAGAUCUCGGAGGGCAAGCUGCUGCUUUCCACCAACAACAACACAUACAUACUCGAAGACAGUGGCACGACCCGCGUAAUCCUCCGAUGGGAGGGCAGCGUACGCGCCGUGCGCCUGACGGAGCGCGCGGGUCUGUUCCGCGUCGGAGCGCGCGCCAACGGCGUCAGCUCGGCGUCCAGCAACGCCAGCAGCGCCGGCGUCUACGCCGUCCCGCUCGCCCAGUUGUACGCCGGCGCCUGGGCCAUGCGGCCGCUGCAGGACUGCAAGCAGGCGCGCCUCUCGCGCACCAAGACCGCACACUUCUUUGACCUGGUGGAGCACAGUGGCAGGAUCACCCUCGUCGUGUCGGUCAGCAGGCGGGUGCUCAUCAUGGCGGAGGAAGAACGGCUCGACAACGACAAAGGCUUCGACUACGUCCAUAUCAAGGACGUCAUGCUGGGCGAGGUACCGUCGCUGAUUAAGUAUUUGAACUACGACUCUGGCGUAAUUGUGGCAGGGUACAAACAUCACUGGGAGGUCGUUGACUGCGGCAGUGGACAGUGCGUGAAACGCGCUGACAACGCUGAGCAACGCCGCGGCACCCUCGUGAACGCGCUGCGCAUAGGCGAUGAGCGGGACCGACAGAUCGUGCUAUGCUACAACCAUACUUGCCACUUCGAGAGGCUGACCAACCGCGGCCUGGAGAGCGAAGCCGAAUACGACUUCCACUGGACUUCAGUGCCGCUGGCAGUCGUGAACGCGUUCCCAUACAUAAUGGCGUUCGCCGAAGACUUAUUGGAGAUACGUCUGGUGGCGAACGGUUCGCUAGUGCACGCCGCCUGCAUCCCCGGCCUUAAGCUGUUGUGUGGACAACGCGACAUAUUCUACGUGGCAUGCGCGCCCGAGUACGUGCCCCUCAACGACGACGAUGAGGCCAACCUGGGCCUGCCCCCGGAGAGCAUGGAGCAAAUCCGGCAGCGGCAGCAGCCCUACUCAGUGGAUGGAGACGACAGUAACGAGCCGUGCACGAGCGCUGCGGCCCGCGCCGCCGACGCGGCGUCUGCGUCAGCGUCAAGCCGCAGCAGCUCGCUGUCUUCAGAGUACGACACUAUACGCCCGCCGCUGCAGCGCACGGCGCGCGUGUCGCCGCCUAACUCACCACAAGUGUCAAGUUCGACUUCGACCGAGCAGCCGCCGACGCCGCCGACGACGGCGUCGUCGUCCCGCUGCGUGCGAGUGUACAAGAUCCCGCACGGCAACCUCGGCGCCGGCGCCUACGCGCGCCAGUCAGUCUCUGUGGACCAGCCACGGCCUCAAGGUGCGGCCGCGCUGCUUCAGGCAGCGGCGCUGCUGCCCCAAGGAGCUCAGCCUCAAGCGGCUGCGCGAGCCCAAGUGGAGCCUCAGCCCGGGCCCUCGGGGCUCCAGCGGCUCGACUACCAGCGCCCAUCCACGUCGCGAGCCCCCACGGAGCCGCGACCAUCCACGUCGCGAGACUAAAACGUGCACAAUUUAAAACUGAUCUAGUCUAUUUACAAAUUUUACUCUAUGUUAUUGAUAUCUUUGAAGUAUACCAAAUAUAUUUGGAGUAGGUUCUACUGUGAAGGUAGAUUAAUUAUAUUUUUAUUGAAGCGAUACUCUGAGUUUGUGAUCUAAUUGGCCAUGGCCGUGAGUGUAUCUAGGCACUUUAUUUGCCACAACCACAAACAUUGACUUUUCUGACAUGAAUAGUCGUUCAGAUGUCUCCCGGAUCACAUACACGGUUGUAUCUCUUAUAUCGUGGUUAUAUCUAGUCUAGUACAAUAUGAAUUAACUAGGUAAUGGAAAAGAUGUGAUAUAAAGUCAAGAUUGACGGGGGAAGGGGUAGUGCGGACUGCAUAGUUGUAUAUCUAGUAAGACGAUACUUACCGCUGUAUUCACAAUAAAAUUGUAUAAAACCCUCAUAUAUGGACUUCGUCUAACGCUAUCAAUCACUUAUGUAUAUAUAUAAUAGGUACCCGCUACUGAUAAUUAUAUACCACAUCAUAAUGUUUGAUGGGUUUGCCUAGUUAUUUAAAUAAAUUAUGGAAAUAAGUAACCAAAUUAAAAAAGUACUAACAAUAUUAAAAUUACAAUACUUUAAAAGAACUGACUUUGACUUUCUGGCAAUUUAGUUAGAUUUGUAUGCACAAAAUAUAUGCUCAAAAUAUUAGAAAGGCGGUUUUAACAAAUUGUCAAAGACAAAGAAAAUGGAAUGCUGUAAAAAGCAUUUCAAAGAACACACUAAGCGUAGUUAUAAUAAAUAAAACAUUAUAUUUAUAAUAUCUUAAAAUUCUAAAUGUAAAUAUUAUAAUAAAAUAUCUACACUCCUGUAUAAUACUUAUACAACAGUGACGAUGAGCAGAUUUUUGUUGAAUUUGGAUACUAACACAGAACACUACCUAUUCAAGAAUACCUACGUUAGAAAUUACACAAUAACGUCAAUGAUUAUGCACCUAUAGUUCAUAAUCGUUAUUUUUUAUAUAAUUAUCGUUUAUAUCUUCGAAAUCUGCUGAUCGACAAAAUAAUAGUAGGUAUUAUUUUACUUACCUACCUACUAUAGGUAUCUACGGUAGAUAGGGUCGUCAACAAGAUCUAGUCAAUAUUUCAAUGACUUAUUCUCUGACAUAGGUAACUUAUAAAUCUCACACUCACUACUUAUUAAAGCUAGCUUAGUUUAAGAAUUUCUAAAUGAAUUAUACCUUAAAUGUCUAUUAGGACACCAGAAAAGAAGUGCCAUCCAAUUAAUUUUGAUUAUCAUCUAGACUUAAUUAAAACUUACAUUUUGCGAUGCAAGAGAAUUGAAACAGUAUUUACUUAAGUAUAACAAUAACUACUGUCUUUACAGAGAUGGAAUUCUAGUAGUAACUAUUUUCAAUGAUAUUAUAUCUUGAUAUUUCAGAGGGUAUAAAUAUAAAGUAAGUAACGUGAGGAGAGGCCCAUCGGCCAACCAAAGAAAGAACCAAACUGAUAGCAACUUAAGAUCUCUUUAUAGAAUAGGAAAUGAAUUUAAAAACACUAGUACGAAAAUGUUAAAUCUAUUUAUAUAUAUUAUAUGUAUACCUAAUGGAUAGGUAUUUCUAAUAUAUUACGCUGAAUGGUACGUAGCCGUCACCAGUCUUCAUGCCACGGAAGCCACGCAUGAUAUUGUUUAACUCGACGAUCGUAAUAGGCCUAUGUAAAUCACUUCACUGUUUACUUGUUUCCAUGACCAUAUAUGUAUUGUUAUUAUCGGAAAUUGUCAUAUUCAAUCACAUUGUUCAUGCGAUAUCGAGCGAGAGAUGUGUAAAAACGACAAAUAUACUUUCAUAGAUAUACGCAAUUGAACAAUAAUCUCUUUAGGAUUGGAAAAAGAUUUAAAUAAAAUCACCUUUAUAUAUUCGUCGGCGUGUCUAUAUUAGUACAUUUGUCUGUUAUUAAGCUAACGAGGCCUUUUUGGCGAAUGGUAUGGUAUAUUUGAUCUAUUGGGUGCAGUCGGUACAGUGUCGUAGCAGGCGCCGCACGAACGCAAUCAUUCCAUGUUGAAUUUAAUACUUACCUAAGUACUAAUUGUUAUCUAUAGUCACUAAUCGUUGUUUGGAGACUAUAUUGAAAUCAUUUUAUGUGAUAUCUACUUGUAAAAAAAUAUAAAAUAUAAAAAAGAAUUAAAUGUUAAAUUUACAAUAUAGGGAGGAUAGGGGCGGUACCAAACCUGAGCGGACGGCUAGGACUGAUUCAAAUGUUCUCAUUGACAACUCACCGGAUUGAGUUGCAUCGCUACUCGUUAGAAGCUUUCUCGAAGUCAUUUGUUAUGGAACUGCAUGUGGUUACCUCCAUAGAUUACUAUAGUAAUGCAUGUACCUAAUCCAUAACUUGUGUAAUGUUACCCGACCCGUGAAUAAAUGUCAUAGAGAUCGAUAUUAUUCUCAGCAGUAGUGAUAAAAUAAAUGUCAAUAUUUUAUGUAGCGGUUUGAGCCACUGGCCAACCAAAGAUUCGUUAGAUUGUAUGUUACUCAAAAAAAACCCUUGGGCAUAUUUGGGAUGCUAUGCGAGCGUCGACUAUAAACUAUCAAUUUUAGGUGUACCGUGUACCUAUAUUGAUAACCAUUUGUUUGUAUAUUCUCUGGACAAAGCAUCGUGAUUGUAAUUAAUGGUAACAGAUUGUGGUAAUGGAUUUGAUGACACCACGCUAAUAUCUACAAAAAUACAAAACAGUCCUAGACGCUUUAGCAUUUAUCACGCCCUAAACGUGCCCUAGGGAUAGUUACACUAUUCAUGGACCAACAACAGACUGACAACGUUGCCGCUCUUAGCAUAUCUGCAAUGCAACCCAAAAAUUAAUGUUACCUACGACAUGAGACUCCAUUUUGAACGUUGUUUUGAUUGUUAAGUCCCACAGUAGGUAAGGAGGCUAAUGCAUAUUAGGAUAGGGUAUGCAGAUAUGAUUAGCGCGACAGAAUGACAGAAUAUUAAUUACCAUUAUCACCGAAGCGGGGUAUGUGUUUACGAAAUAGAGUUUAAGUUAGUUUAAUCUCGCAUCGAAGUUUUGUCAGGGGAGGACUGUGUUACGGAAAUGAUAAAGGCUAUUUAGGAAUUGGUUUGGAUACCCCUAAACAAGAUUUCGAAAGUAAAUGGUAGGGGUCCGAUUUUCAUAUAGCAAUAGCGUGAAAUUAACCAAUACUCUUUUGAUGCGGAUGCCGUUUUAAGCCCAUAUUUCUACAGUACUCUUAAACAAAUGCGCGGCAUAUUGCGCCUAUCUAUCUAUAUUCAGAAAGGUUCAUUGGAUUUAAAUAUCUAUGAGCGACCAGUACGUUUACCUAUGUGUUGGACACAUCAUUGAUAACCAUUAGGCACUUAGAGAAUAUAUAUAACCAACGGAGUGGUCAUUAACAGGCGUUCCCCUCUGUCGAAAAAAGGCGCCCAAUGGUCAACCACAUGUCAAACACAUGUAUGGACUGACGUUUAUCUGACAUGGCUAUGUUGACGUUACGUAUACAUUUGAUGUGCCCCUCCCCCGCAAAAAACGGCAGACUAUUUUGUACCGAAAAUUAUAGACAUGGCGUCUCCAUUGGUUAUAUUCUCUAAGAUUAGGCAGGGUCAUCCGUGGACUUAUGCAAAAUCGGAACCUGUCGUUUACUAGGGUCUUUCCAAAAAUCUCAUCUACGCUUAAAGUAUAAGCUACUAAAUGUUACAUGUGUAGAUCGUAAAUGUCUAUAUAAAGUAGAUGCUGCGAUGUCUCUUAGGACAAUCUGUUAUGUCCGACGGAAAGACCCGACACCCGCUUCGGUGACUUCAUACAAAAGUAGUUGAAACAGAUAUUAAAAUAAAGACAUAUUUUACGCCAAAAUUGAAGGUGUAACUCAUCCCACGACAAUGCAUUCCUAAUUAUAUUGAUAAUAUAUGAUAUUAGCAGAGUUUAUCAAUUGUUCGGUAACGUUAAAUUGCGUUGCGAGAGAGGAUAUGAAUAUUAAUAGAAAUAAAUUAAAUACCUACUAGGCUACCGUCCGUCGCAUUACAUUCAGAGAUGCAGAGGUGCAAACUAAAGUCUAAACUCACAUAUUUUGUUCUGUAACCUUUACCGUCACCGUUUAUCUAAGUAAAUGAAAGCCACGCGGACUGUGUUUCUUUUAAACACGAACAGAAGUUAAAAUGAGAUUUAUAAAAGAGUUGCGAAUAUUCUGGUCUCAUAUCUCUACGUGUUUUGUGAAUAACCGAUGGAAUACGAGUUUUGUUUUUGUUAAUUUAUUUAGAUACAUUAUGAUCUUACAUAUUCGUACACUGCAUUAUGUAAGCAAUUAAAUCGGGUAUAUCUGCGGCUGAGUGUACAUAUACAGAUAAAUAAUAUAGUCCAACUGGUUAUCGCUUUACAAAAUUGUGUUCCUCUGUAUUUGUUAUACAGGACAUAGACUAGGAAUCCUCUAGACCGAGUUUAGAGCAAUUAUUUCAUGCAACCGACGAUGCCAAAAAUGCGGGGGUGCGCGGGACGAGGUGAGCGAAGUCCCGUGCCGUGAUUGGUCUGUUCAAAGACACGGACGUCACACAAAGACACUUUCGACUCGAACAUGGAAUGGAGUAAAAUUACCGUAUGCGUGGCAGAGGCAGGGGUGCGAAGCUCCUGACUUCGGCCUAACUCGGCUCCGCUCGGCUCAGCAUUGCUCCGAGCAAUUUUUAGGGUUGGCACCACUUGACUUCCUUUUGCGUGCACGACCACAGAUAAGAUAAUCACUUAAAUUUUGACAACCCUAAAUAGCCGAAAGGGAUAGUGCCAUAUAUUAGAAAGGGAUAGUAUGAUUCGACCCUGAACCGCUGUCAAAUUCGGUUUUGUAGGAAGCUUCCUUUCUGUACGGUAGUACUAUUAUUUAAUCUGUGGCAGAGGGGGUAGCGCGACUAUGCUCAGUCUGGAGGAUGUUUUGUCUGUGAUACAGGAUAUCCCUACUUUAAACCUAUGUAUUUUGAUUUCUUGAUUAUGGAAUAGUAACUAGCACGGGUCAUAACUACGAGUAUAUAGUCUCAAACCUUGUUAUUCAGACCCAAUAUUAUUUAUUUGCAACUUUAGAUAUCGUAUGUGACUAUGUGUCAACUAAACUCCCAAAUCCCUUAUCCCCUUGUAUAAAAAGUCAAAAAAUGGGGUUAGGGGAAGGAGACCUGCUGAGUUAAUUAUACCAUAUAUAUAUGGCUUGACAACAAUGAGGAAUGUCAUGCCACUUUGUACGGACGCUACCAAAUAUUUUGUCUUUGACACUAAAAUAUCCAUAUAAAAUAUUUGGUAAUCCCAUGAUCCUAUUGUAAAUUUAUAAAAUAUUUCUUGGAUUUUGAAACGUUAUUACGUGGCUUUAAGAUGAAUGUGUCUUUUGAUAUUUUUCUCUUCUCUCGGCGAUAGCACUUUACGAUUCGAGAUUUUAACCCAGUUAUUUUUAUCUGGAGUUUAUUAAAAGAAAUAAAUGUCUGUUCAAUGAGAA